AUGUUGUUCGUGUUGAUUAACGCAGAAGCUGAUUAUGGACUUCAUGACUGUCUUGCUACUCUGCCGUUGGAGAAACUAAUUGCUGUUUCAUUUUCUCCCCCAGCACCGUUUUCCCCAUCCCUUGCUAUUAUUCUUAUUCUUUGGAGUAUUCUUCAUUGUCAAGCCGCCAAAGUGGAGAGUGUGAUUGCAGAAGGGGGUGCUUCUCGUUUCAGUGCUUCUUCGGGGGGAGGAGGUGGUAGGGGUGCACCUCAGCACUAUCCCAAGACUGUCGGCAACAGCGAGUUCCUGGGGAAAACCCCAGGGCAAAGCGUUCAGAGAUGGGUUCCUUCACGAAGCACUAGACGAGAUGUCAACUCCAGCAACGAAAAAGAGCGUCACGAUGCAAUCUUCAGGAAAGUGAGGGGCAUACUCAACAAACUCACGCCUGAGAAGUUUGACAAGCUAUGCCUUGAGCUCCUGAACGUGGGCGUAGAUUCAAAACUCGUCCUUAAAGGAAUCAUCUUGCUGAUUGUAGACAAAGCCCUAGAAGAGCCGAAGUAUAGCUCGCUCUAUGCUCAGCUAUGUCUGCGCUUGGCAGAGGACGCACCAAACUUUGAUGGCCCUUCAUCUGAGAUUCAAACAUCCCAAAAGCAGAGCACAACCUUUAGACGACUACUGAUUUCCAAGCUUCAAGAUGAAUUUGAAAACCGCACCAGAAAUGUUGAAAUCUAUGACAAACAUGACAACCCUCUUACUUCAGAGGAGGAGGAGCAGCGUGCCAUCGCCAAGAUCAAGAUGCUUGGCAACAUUAAAUUCAUCGGGGAACUUGGCAAACUUGACCUCAUCCAUGAAUCUAUCCUUCAUAAGUGCAUCAAAACACUUCUGGAAAAGAAGAAGAGAGUCCAGCUCAAGGAUAUGGGGGAGGAUCUGGAGUGCCUCUGUCAGAUAAUGAGAACAGUGGGGCCGAGACUCGACCAUGAGAAAGCUAAGUCUUUAAUGGAUCAGUACUUUGGCCGUAUGCGAUCCUUAAUGAACAACAAGGAGUUGCCUGCUAGGAUCCGCUUCCUGCUGCAAGACACAGUGGAACUGCGAGAAAACAACUGGGUCCCCCGCAAGGCUUUCAUUGACAACGGACCAAAGACAAUCAACCAGAUCCGUCAGGAUGCAGUGAAAGAUUUGGGUGUUUUCAUCCCAGCGCCCAUGUCUCAGGGGAUGAGGAUGGACUUCUUCCUGGAAAGCCCCUUCAUGCCCAACCGAAUGAAGCUGGACAGGGAGACUCUCGGGGGGCUGGCUGAUAUGUUUGGACAAAUGCCAGGCAGCGGGAUCGGAACUGGCCCAGGGGUUAUUCAGGAUAGGUACUCUCCCACUAUGGGACGCCAUCGCACCAACCCGCUCUUCAACGGCCACAGUGGUCACAUCGCCCCUCAACCGCAGUCACAGUUCGAUAUGGGGCCAAAGUCUUUUGUUAAGUCCAAUCAGGUUCAGAACCAGCAUUUCCUCAACCAGAACCAGAACCAGAACCACAUGGCCCAGCAGCAGGUCCAGUCCAAGGAUAUGCCUCCACGAUUCAGCAAGAAAGGACAGCUCAACGCAGAUGAGAUCAGCCUGCGACCCGCUCAGUCAUUCCUCCUCAUCAAGAACCAGGUGCCCAAGCUCCAGCCACAGAUCCCCACCAUGAUGCCUCCUAGUGCCCAGCCCCCACGCACCCAGACCCCACCUCUGGGACAGCCACCGCAGCUUGGCCUGAAGACCAACCCUCCACCGAUCCAAGAGAAACCUCAAAAGACAAGCAAGAAACCACCUCCUGCAAAGGAGGAACUGCUUAAGAUGACUGAGACGAUUGUGACCGACUACUUGAACAGUAAGAACCUGACCGAGGCAGUGAGUGGUGUGCGAGAGAUGAGGGCUCCCAAGCAUUUCCUUCCAGAGAUGCUCAGCAAAGUAAUCAUCUGCUCCCUGGACCGUCCCGAUGAGGACAAGGAGCACGCCAGCACUCUGAUCCAUACACUCCGCACUGAGAGCCUGAUCACUGGGGAGAACUUCAUGCAGGCUUUCCUCAAUGUCCUAGACCAGUGCCCUAAGAUCGAGUUGGACGUCCCGCUGGUGAAGUCCUACCUGGCCCAGUUUGCGGCUCGGGCCAUCAUCGCAGAGUUGACAGCCAAGCUGAAGGACAGGGAGUGGCUCACUGACCUCUUUCAGCAGAGCAAGGUCAACAUGCAGAAGAUGCUCCCAGAAAUCGAUCAGAACAAAGACCGAAUGCUGGAGAUCUUGGAGGGGAAGGGCCUGAGCUUCCUUUUCCCGCUGCUGAAGCUGGAGAAGGAGCUGCUGAAGCAGAUAAAAGCAGACCCCUCACCACAGUCCAUCUACAAGUGGAUUAAAGACAACAUCUCUCCCAAGCUACACACUGACAAAGGCUUCGUCAACAUUCUUAUGACAAGCUUCCUGCAGUACAUCUCCCAGGAGCUGUGCAUGGCGGAGGGUGACGAGCAGCUGGCAGCCCCCUCCAAAGAGCAGCUGGAGCAGGAGAAGCAGCUGCUGCUGGCCUUCAAGCCCGUCAUGCAGAAGUUCCUGCAUGACCAUACCGACCUGCAGGUCAGCGCCCUCUACGCCCUGCAGGUGCACUGCAACGCCAGUGGGUUCCCUAAAGGCAUGCUGCUGCGCUACUUUGUCAACUUCUACGACAUGGAGAUCAUUGAAGAAGAAGCCUUCCUAGCAUGGAAAGAAGAUAUUACCCAAGAGUUCCCUGGGAAAGGAAAAGCUUUAUUCCAGGUAAACCAGUGGCUCACCUGGCUGGAGACGGCGGAGGAGGAGGAGUCGGAGGACGACGCAGACUGAGGAGCAGAGCAGGAGCGUGUAGAAGAGCAACGUUAUCUUACUCGCCUUUCCUUUUGUUAAACUCCAUGCUUGAUUUAACCACUGCCGCGUGGCACCCAGCUGCUUCUGUGUUGCUGCCGUCAGCCUCGUGUGCUCCCACCUGCACCGUGACCACCGCCUGACGAGCAUCCUUUGAUCUGUGGCUUUGUCCUCAUCAGCUAAAUGAAGUCUGGAGUGGCUCAACCACGUGUCUUUUCUCUCUGCUUUGUUAGGUUGUAGCUUUUUUUUUCCACUGUAUUGCAUGUUUUUUGUUUUAUUUCUGCUCAGUCUUUGAUGAUUUGAACUGUACUCGAUAGUGAACUGCUUUAUUUAAGGAUGUGUAGGCUUCCCCCCGUAAAGAAAUGAAAUUGGUAGGGUUCUUGGCCAAGGUUAGUUCCACGCUGAGGUCUAGUCAGUAAUGUGCUUGAAUCCUCUGUUCGGGCCUGUGUUACGUGUGACACCUGAUGGCAGAAGGAUCCAGGCGGAUCCGAACGGUGAACCUCCUCCAUGCAGCGUUCAGCCUGUGUUUCAGACGUUGACGGUUGAUGUGAAGCGAGUGAGGCCUGAGCUGGCAAAUACAUGCGUGUGGUCAACCAGUGCUUACUAAAAUGUUUUCAGACUUUUUUGUUUUCUUUUUAAUAAAAGUGCUCUUCGUGGUGA